UUUUAACAGAUAACGGAAAAGAUAAAACGCGAGAAACUUUGGGAAUUCCAUGUGCAUUUCCGUUUAUUUAAGACAAAAUUAGUACUCGUUCGACGAACGUUAUCUCGUGAAGAGUUAAAUCAUCGCUUGUCUUAUUACGUGCUGGCAUGUCGCUUUUGGUUUGCCUCACUACGUCGCACGACGCAUCGACGUUGUACCAUACCGUAGCAUAUCUCAGCCCUUAAUAUAAUUUUCAGAUCAACAACAUAGUACGAGUUCGUUUUACCGAUAAUACGACGCAUCAAGUGUAUUUGCUUCUCGCUAAUGUAACUUUACUUCAGUUUUCUUUUCGUUCGAUUCAAGUCAUUGGAAGAUAAGUCUCUCAUAUAGGUUUCUUAGAUCAUAAGUUUUACAUGGCGUUACACGAGCAAAGGAAGGAGAAAAUUGCGCUGAAUAACCAACGUGUUAAUAUUAUACGCUUUAAUUCGAUGCAAAAGCUACUUACGUUUCGUACGUGUCUAUUAUAGCCGUGCCGAUUCUACUUACAACGCUCUUCGUCUCGAAGAUAUCGCGUCGUAUUUAAAUACAGUAUUUUUCUCUCUUUUUUUUUGUCGUUAUUCACAUGAUCGAAGUGAAAUUCGCUUCCUGAUAAUUCGCCUGGAGGCGAACGUCGCGUCAAAGAGGCUCGUUGCCAUCUUCCGUCGUGACUUUGUUCUUUCUGAAAAAUCAUGGCGAUUCCCACGUAAAGAUCGGGUAUCGGCCAACGAACGGCGAACCGGCAGUCCGGUUUUUAGAGAUGAAACUGUUGGCAGUGCUUGGCGCGCUCGUGAUACAGUGCGCCGCGACAAAAUCAUGGAACAGCGACAAUUAUUCAGAGGAGACGUUCUUCGUGUUUGCCUGGAUCGGUUACCUGAAACGUUUCUCUCUGAUUGUGCUGAUGCUGUCUGGUGUAGUUCUCUACUAUAUCCCGGAAUCGCGACCACACGCGCGCCGAAUCUGCUACGCGUUGAUCGAUCUGACAGCGAAUGGUUUGAAAUCCGCUCUGAGUGCCCGGGAGAGUGAGUUCUUGUACGAGAAAAUGAAAUCCAAGUGCUCUCGCGGCCGAUACGAGCCAUCGUCGGUCAUAGAAAAGUAUCUUUCGCAAGAAAUUCAAGAUGACGACGAGACUUUCGAACGACUCCAAAGAAAUUACGCUAAGAAGUCGAAAAUCUCCAUCGACGGGAACGAUGUAUUAGGAAGCAAAGAUAAGAAAAAAGGCAGCAAACAGUAUAAGGACAAUCGAACAUCGCGCCAACGUCUUCGUAACGUGAUUAAACACGAGCCAUCUAUGGACAUCGCAAAACCUGUUUAUUUUUACUCCGACAAGGUGAACGAUGGCCAAAAAUACCUGAAAACAAACGUGUCUGGUUCGAAACACUCUAACGGGUCAGCAGUGGAGAACUACGCGCUUUUAAUCAGCGGCAGUCCACAGCAACUGGCAAUGUUCGAAGAAAAAUACGAAAAGGAUGACAUGGUGAUCGUUGAAGAUCCUUACGUGAGAGUGGAUUACAGGGAAUGUGGUACAUCCACCGAUAAACUAUCGUCGAAAGCGGAAGCUUCGAGUUCAGAACAAGAGGGACCUACCAGAGAUCAUAACGAGCAGGAAGUAGAAACGUACGCGAAGGAAGUUGAAUUUAAUUCGACGUCGGAAGGCAAUGGUUCACGGUACUCCGUUGAUAAAUCGUUGUAUCGAACAAGCCAAUAUCAGUGCGGCGGUGAGUGUUGCGGGAGCAAUGGGUGCUCCAUAUCAUCGGCAAACUUGAGUAACAGCGCAAACGUUACAUCCAACUCGUCGGUUGAUGCAAAGAAUGCUUUAAAAUCGUCUCGAAGCAUGGUGACUCCGAAACCGCAGAAAAAGGUUAAAGACAGCACGGAACAUUUGUAUACGAUCGAUUAUACGAACUAUAAUUACGUAGAUGAUCGUCCUAUGAAGCAAAUCAAUUCGAAUAAUAAUCGCAAAGUAGAUUUUCGCAAAGAGCACAUAAAUGGCUACGAAAAACACGAAGAAAAUGGACGCUCGCAUGAAAAUAUACCAAACACUCGAAGAAAGAAGCCUAGAAACGAAUCAACGCAUUUCUGUUCUAACGACGGCUUUUACCUCACCGAUCGAGAAGGGGAAGCGGACGACGAAAAUUCUCAACACGGAGAACAAGUGACUAGGAAACACGAUCUCGAUGAGAAACCUCAAAGAGAAAAUCCUUUGUGCGAGAAAUGUUCGGACGACUCCGAAGUCUUCGAUUACUACAAUGACAUUUACAUGGAACCAAACUUAAAUAGUAGGUUCAAGUACUCUUCUCUCGAGUUAUUACCACUCAGAAAUAUAAGUUACUUGACCUUUACGCUGCGAAAUUGCCGUAUAAAUUUCUAUUUCUACUUUCGAGAUACAUAUAUCAAUUUCAGAACAGAAAAGAAUUUUCCAAUUUCUUUUUAUCGCAUUGCUCUUUCGCAUUUUUUAUAUGACUAGGGUAUAUCGUCAAUUUUCCUAGUAAAAGAGAAUAAAUUGUGUGAGAACGUGAAUUAAAAUCGAAUUCUACGAUAAAUCACAUUUAUAUCGGCGUCUGAAUAUGAUCGAACAUCGCGGCAUAAAAGCUACAAAUGGAAAAAGAAAUAGUAAGAAUAGACGAUAUAAAGGUAUUCCCCGAUGAAUAUAUUCGAUGAAC